AUGAAGAAUGAGGCAAAGAUGCUGAAGUCGCGACUAAUGGGUGAGCUUCUCGAGUUUCAUUCGAGAAGCGUCAUUUCUCAUUCCGUUUCACCAUGUCGCGACUUGAAGAAGAAAUUCGAAGCUCAAUAUGCAUUAUUUAACGAGGAAUUAUGUCAUGUGUUCGAAGCUGAGGUUCGCUGAAUGGCUUCAGGAAGAUCCGUAAGUAGCAGGAUGUUCCGGACUCUUCAUGGAUUGAUAGCGAUGUCCUAUACCGGAAUCGCUGAGAAAACUGGUGAUGUGCGGAUAAAGGACAUGAGAGGG